AUGAGUGACUGUAGCAAGCAAAAGGUGUAUCUCACAGAUAUAAACAGGGAGCCAAACACAGGCGGCAGGAAGCAGGCCAGGAUAGAGCUGCGCCUGCUAAAAGAAGCAUGCUCGCUUAAAAUUGAGCCUGAUGUGCUGCCGAAGGAAGAAAAUGUUGCGCCAGACACCAAUCUGUUUCGUGUGACUGCAUAUUGCACGGCAGACAACUAUGAUCUCAAGAAUCUGUACAAGUAUCUGAAGAAGAACUCGCUGUGCAGCAAGGUUUCUAUGUAUUUCGGGGAAUGCCUAUACACAAGAAUGAGCUUUGGAGGAGAGGGAGACGAAGGGCAGGACUGCUUUUUCUACGAAUACGGAGUGGUUGUUUGCUGGGGAAUGGAUGCAAACCAGGAAUCGAUGAUAGUGAAGCUUGUGUCGAAGCACGAGGAGAAUCCUUACGAGGCAUCGGACAUUGAGGUUGAGUCGUUCAAGUAUGGAAUAACCGAGAACCCGUUUAUUAUUAAUGACAUAAUAUACCUGAACUCUGAGAACCACUUCAGCAAGAUGGUGGUUUCGAUUGCGAUUGCACAGAGUGUGAAGCUUGACUACUUUGAGAAUCUUGUCGAUAACACGAUUGAGGCUGUGAAGGAGUUUCCUGAGGAGAUGGAGCGCGAAGGAAAGGUCAGUAGGAAUAGAAGGGAGAUACUGAAGAUGAUUGGGAAGCUGCAUCGGCUCAGGUUCAACCUGAAUCUUGGGUCGAACAUUCUCGACGAGCCUGAGUUUGUAUGGGACUAUCCGGCGUUUUCUCCACUGUACGAGACAUGCAAGAGAUAUCUUGACAUCAAGCACAGAGCAGAUCUGCUAAACAGAAGAUGUGAUGUGAUAAACGGAAUCCUGGAGAUCCUGAGUGAAAACACAAACAGAAGCAAUGUCGAGAAGUUUGAGGUUGUUCUUAUCGUGAUAGUUCUUAGCAAUGUGCUAUUGAUUGCAUUGCUAAUGGUAUUGAUGUACUAUAUCAGAUUGAAAUGGUGA